AUGGUUUGGCUCUUCCAGUCGACACGGUUCAAGCGAGAAAGGGCAAGUGCAGCGAUGGCAGACACUGCUCCCUCUCCUCCUGCCGACUUGCAACCGUCGACGUCGACACGCACCACUCCGCGGGAGCACGCAGCGCGGGCAUUCGCACCAGAAGACGUCCCAGUGCCUCCAGUCAACCUGCGCGGACCGCUCAUCCCGACUCCCGACACCCUUGACCCCGUCUCUCCCCGUCUCUCCCCCGAACCCUCUUCGCCGCCUCAACCACCGACUGGCCCUCCCGCUACGAACGAACUGCCUGCGCCGAGCCCUCCACUAGAGACUGUGCAGCCACAGGGCGAGAUCGCGGCGGCCGGAGUCGAGAUUGUCCUCGGCGAGGACGAGCAGCAGGAUGCGGCGGCAUGGCAGCGCGAGCGGAUUGAACGGAAGCUGCGCGGCGAGUACGAGCGAGCAGGGCGCCAUCUGGCAGAGAUCGUCAACGACAACUUGGAUGCUCCCCUCCGCCUCAACGCCAUCCGCAUCCUCGGCGCACCUUCGACUCGCCCGUCUUUCCUCUCUCGCAUCUUCGCCCCCUACCUCGCACCCCUCCCGCCUCCCUCUUUCCUCGCAGCUACCUUUUCUCCCGACUCGUCCGCGCAUGCUCCCCCCUCAAAACAGACUCUGCGUUCUCUCCUGCAGGCGACGCGGGAUUUGACGGCCACGCUGGAGAAGUUCGAUAUCUAUCGGGGUAUCGAGGCGAGUUUGGAACGGAGCGACAGCGUGUUGAGCGAGAAGGAGGAUGUCGACAUCGUCUUGCGGGUGAGGGAGGCGCCCAAGUAUUUCUUGCGGACAUCGACGGAUGUGGGAGACGGAGAGGGGAAUGCUUCUGCAACGGCCAAGAUUCGCAAUGCAUUCGGCGGAGCCGAGACGAUCGAAGGAAACGUCUCAUUCGGGACACGGACAAAGUCUGCCUUCCAGGUCAAACUGGACACUCCGGUCAACUCUUCUACGACGACGCAUGCCGACCUGAGCGUCUUUUCCGCACAACGGGACCUCAACUUUUACGCCAGCUGUCACGAGGCGACGAAGGGCGCGAUGGCGCGGUUGCGGACACUCUCCUCUCUCGGCUACCACGAGUUCGCAUACGAAGCGGUCUUGCGACAGAUCGGCGACCUCGCACCGACAGCGUCUAUGUCGAUGCGGGAUGCUGCCGGUCCGACCGUGAAGAGCUCGCUCUCGCACACCUUCACUCGGGAUACUCGCGAUGAUCCGUUCGUUGCGACUCGCGGGCACUACCUUCGGCUACGACAGGAGUAUGCCGGCCUGGGAGGCGAUGCGCAGUUCGUCAAGGCUGAGCAGGAGGGGUCGAUCUCGCGCUCGCUCGGUGCUGGCUACUCCGCGUCACUUUCCGCGCGAAGUGGCCUCCUCCUCCCUCUCUCCCGCUCCGGCACCUCCUUCUUCCCCGACCGCUACCACCUCGGCGGGCCCAGCUCAGUCCGCCACUUCCGCCUCAACACGAUGGGUCCGAAAGAUCUCGGCGACUACCUCGGCGGCGAUGCGUUCUACGCAAUUGGCGCGAGUCUGUUGACGCCUUUCAAGGUGCCGACGCCUUGGCGGAAGGGUGAGGGCGAGAAGUGGUGGAGCAGCGAGAACUUGAAGGGACACGUCUGGGUCAACGGCGGCAAGUUGGUCGGCACUGCCCAGCCGUACUCUUCCCUCCUCAACACCGCGCCGUCCCUCACCUGCGGCGUCGGCCUCAUGUACCGCCACUCGCUCGUCCGGAUCGAGGCGAAUGUGGGCGUCCCGCUCGUUCAGACGCAGGGAGAAGGCGGCGUCAAGGGCUUCCAGUUCGGCUUGGGGCUGAGCUUCCUUUAG